CUCUGCUGCGGAGGUAGAUCAGAGAGUGCAGUGUGUAUAUGAAUAAAAUUGAUAUAUCCUCCAGGUGCCUGCAUCUUCGCUGUGAACAAGACUUUUGUUUCUGAGGGGCUAAAUGACAGCAUUGUUCUUUGUGAGUUAGUAUAUCAUUUCUCCAGUUCAUGAAGUUCAGUGAUGCUGUGAUCAUACAGCGAAUGUGAUGUCACAUAAAAAUAGAGCUCAAGUCUGCAGCUGGGUGAUGCCAUCAGCUGUUGUGGCUCCUCUUCUGCUUGGGAUAUGGUUUCAGGCAGUCCUCACAGAAGGUCUGUUGUGUCACUGCAACUCAGAGUGUCCCAGUCACGGCGAUACAUGUGAGACGGACGGAGUGUGCUUCACUUCGGUAGAGAAGAAAAGUCCGCACGCUGACAACAAUGAGAUCGUCACCAAGUACAACUGCCUAGACCACGAACAGUACCUCCCUCCGGACGAUCCCGUUUGGUGCAACCCGGACGAGGGAGCCUCGGCCACGCUCAGCAUGCUCUGCUGCCGCGGCCAGGACUUCUGCAACGGCCAGCUGCGGCCGACGCUGGCGCCGCCGCCGCCGCCGCCGCCAGAGGCCACCGGCUCCAGCUGGGAUAACACCAGCGAGAUGCUGCUGCUGCGCAUCACCGUACCCAUCGUCAUCAUCAUCCUCUUCAUCGUCACCACAGUGCUGGUGUAUGAAAAGUGCCGUGGUUCGAAGAGGCGCCAGUUCAAGGCCAAGCCGUUCGACGAGAUCGACGAGCACCUGCUGGAGCCCCCGGAGCUGAGUUUCCCCGGCGGCGGCGGCGACCUAAAGCAGCUGCUGGAGACCAGCACCUCCGGCUCCGGGUCCGGCCUGCCGCUGCUCGUACAGCGCUCAGUGGCGCGUCAGGUCACUCUGGACCAGAGCGUCGGCAAGGGACGCUAUGGGGACGUCUGGCGCGGCCGCUGGCACGGAGAGGACGUGGCUGUUAAGAUUUUCUCGACUCGGGACGAGCGCUCCUGGUUCCGAGAGGUGGAGAUCUACCAGACGGUGAUGCUGCGACAUGAGAACAUCCUGGGCUUCAUCGCGGCAGACAACAAAGAUAACGGCACCUGGACGCAGCUGUGGCUCAUCAUGGACUACCACCGCCACGGGAGCCUGUUUGACUAUCUGCAGCGUACCACGGUCGACGUGCGGGGCAUGUACCGGUUGGCGCUGUCAAUUGUCACCGGAUUGGCCCACCUGCAUAUGGAGAUAGUCGGCACACAGGGCAAGCCGGCGAUCGCGCACCGCGACCUCAAGUCGAAGAACAUCCUGGUGAAGAGUAACGGCACGUGCGCGAUCGCCGACCUGGGCCUGGCCGUGCGACACAUGCCGGACGAUUCGGUCGACAUGGCGCCCAACAGUCGCGUCGGAACCAAACGCUACAUGGCACCCGAGGUUCUGGACGAGACGAUGAACACUAGCCAGUUCGAAUCGUUCAAGCGUGCCGACGUGUACGCUCUGGGUCUGGUACUUUGGGAGGUGGCGCGUCGCUGUACCGCCGGAGGGCUGCACGAGUACCAGCCGCCGUACCACGACCUGGUGCCCUCCGAUCCGAGCCUCGAGGAGAUGCGCAAAGUGGUCUGCGUGGACCGACAGCGGCCCUCCAUACCGAAUCAGUGGCACAGCUCAGAGGCUCUGCGUGUCAUGUCCAAGGUGAUGAAGGAGUGCUGGUACCACAGCCCCGCCGCCCGGCUCACCGUGCUCAGAGUCAAGAAGACGCUCUGCAGCAGCGCCGUCGCCGAUGACGCCAAGAUGAUGACGUCGGCGGCGUCAUCACAAGGGUGAGGUGGCGUCAGUGGAGGGUGACGUCAUAGUGAGAACGAUGACGUGCCGUCAUCGGCCGUCCGGCGGCCCCGCGCCUUGGUGUUUGUGAGAGUGAUGUGUACAGAAGUAUGCCCGCUGUCAGUGUGAGAACUGGUUUGAGAGGUGUUUGGUGGAUUCGCUACAUCGUGUGUCGUUCGAUUAGGGCCGCGGACGGGAUGGUUUGUAUGCUGGAAUUUUUGCAUCUGCUUCGCGUUUUUAUCGAUGGAAAUUUUGAUGUUUUUUUUUCGGACUGCCUUCUUGAUGUACCGUGGUCACUGGUGUGCCGAUUCGAUGGCAAUACUAGGUCUAAUGACUGAGGGAGGCGGGACUGGAAGUCGGUUCAGAAGGCAGCUAAGGGAGUCAUGGCCGCUGAAUGUAGGGGCCGGCUGUGACAAUAAUGACGCACUGCGCCGAAUGGUGCGCGGGCAGCGCCGCCACGGGGUGUGCUAUCCCUCUCACAUUAUCCUGCGCGCGCGUCCGAACCCUGUGCUCUUACUGUAAACGCUCGUCUGUCUGUAGUGGGCUAGACUGAGCGUUUUUCGUCGCGCUGCUUUUUGUCGCUCUCUGGCGUCGCGGUUCAGCUUGGCUCUAAGCCGGUGAUAUGCGUUCUGAGGUGGUCGGGGCGCUGCCGACGCAGGCUGUGUGUAAAGUGCGACUGCCUACCCGCGGUGUGCCCUCCCCGGUGAACGGCGGGACGUCGUGGUCUCCGUAGUUUUGUAGAUAGUAGACGGCGCCGAUGAGAUGUGCCCCGCGCCCGACCGUUGUGAGUGUAACUAACCGUGAUGAGUGUGAGGCCGGGUGGGAAGUAGUGAGUAGCGACACCGCGCGGCGGUUGUGUCCAGUCUUUCGAGGAGGCGGCGGUAGGGCGGCCACGGCGGUAAGAUUCGGCCAUCCGGUGGCGCGCCGUACCCUGGUGAGACUAGCGACCUACGCGACAUCUCACGGAUAGAUCGUGAGGCUGAAGUUUGUACCGCCCCACCAGGUGGCAGUGAUAUAGCCCGUGCUGCGCUUUCUCUGGCGCGGCUGGUUCGAGGGCUGUUUCGCCGGAUUUUCUGUAUCUAUCGAGUGACCCCUGCCCUUGAUGCUGCUGUGUUGGGGAGUGAAGCGUGUACAGAAAUGUUACCAGAACGUGCACCGGCCUCUGGGCGCCGUCCCCUGAGGGCAGGCGGCGCCCGCUGGCCGGUACAGACGGAACGGUUGAUAUUAUCGGGUCAGUGGGGAGAGAGCGACGGACGGGCGAGAGCGGGAAGAGGGGCGGAGCGCGACCGGCAGUCCUGUGCUUAUGUCAUUACUCUGUGCUGUGCGUGGACGCCGCAGACGCACACAGAAAGUCUUUCUGACGGCCCGGCCCUGUGGCUGCCGAGAGACGCACCGCACCGGCCCGGCGGGCGGCGACUUUUUGAUCAUUAUAAUCAAUACAGUUUAUUUGAUA